AUGGAUUUACCUCCAGAUAAAGCAAAACUUUUGAAACAAUACGAUGAUGAAAAAAAAUGGGAUAUUAUAUGCGAUCAGGAAAAAGUUCAUGCUAAAGAUCCACCAACACAUUAUUUAAACAAACUCAGAACUUAUUUGGAUCCAAAAGCUUCUAGAAGUUCUAGGAAAAGGCGAUUAUUAGGAGACUCAACAUCAACACAAGUUUUAAGAGAUUUAGAAAUUUCACUGCGGACAAACCAUAUCGAAUGGGUUCGUGAAUUUUUAAAUGAAUCCAAUUUAGGAUUAGAUUCUCUUGUCGAUUAUUUGAGUUUUCGUUUAAUUAUGAUGCGCCAAGAACAAAGAAUCGCAGAUUCUAAAACUGACUCGGAUGAACAAGUUGUAGGACUCACGAGUUCAGAAAAAAACUGCACUGUGAUAUCCGCUCUCUCAAAUCAUUUACACACGAAUGGAUUCAUUCAAACGAAUGGCACAAAUGGUAUAUUAAUGAGUCCGAAUUUAAAGAAAAGAUCGAAACAUAUACAAAAAUUAAAUAUGGGUCAAGCAGAAGAUGAUAUUCACGUUUGUAUAAAAUGUUUGAGAGCUCUUAUGAAUAAUAAGUACGGAUUCAACAUGGUAAUGCAACAUCGUGAAGCCAUUAAUUGCAUCGCUUUUAGUCUUACACACAAAAGUCUAAGAACGAAAGCUUUGGUUUUAGAAUUACUUGCUGCUAUUUGUCUAGUCAAAGGUGGUCACGAGAUUAUUUUAUCUGCUUUUGACAACCUUAAAGAAGUUUGCCACGAAAAGCAAAGAUUUCAAACUUUGAUGGAUUAUUUUUUCAAUUAUCAAGUUUUUCACAUUGAAUUUAUGGUAGCCUGUAUGCAAUUUGUAAAUAUUAUCGUUCAUUCGGUUGAAGACAUGAAUUUUCGAGUUCAUCUUCAAUUCGAAUUUACAGCUUUGGGUUUGGACGAUUAUCUCGAGAAGUUAAGACUGAGCGAAAGUGAAGAGUUGCAAGUUCAAAUUUCGGCAUAUUUGGAUAAUGUAUUCGACGUAAAUGUUUUAAUGGAGGAUUCGGAAACGAAAACGGCAGCUUUGGAAAAAGUUGCAGAGUUGGAAGAUGAAUUAGGUCAUGCACAUGAUCGACUUUUAGAAUUAGAAACGGAUUCUUUAAAUAAAAUUUCGGAAUUAGAGCUCCAAUUAAAAGCUUUAAAAGAAGAAAAAGUUAUUUUGUUACAAGCGAGACAGCAAGUAGACGAAGAAGUGAAUACUCUACGACGAGUAGUUCAACAACAUGAAUUAGAAUCUAAAAAUCGGCAAUCGAUAUUAGAAAACAAAAUUAUGGAAUUGGAAACACUCACGAAAACAUUACCAAGGCCUAAUCGAUCGUCUCCUGAGCCAAUGAAAACCGAAACGCCUACAAUACCACCUAUUAAGGCGGCACCGGCACCUCCUCCGCCUCCUCCUCCCCCAAGCUCGACGCCUUUAAAUUUGGCUCCGCCUCCAAUUUGUCCGUUACCACCGCCUGCUCCCGGAUUGGGUCCCGCCCCCGAUGGAGCCAUGACAAUAAAGAAAAAAGUAUUAACUAAAUAUAAGUUACCAACGUUGAACUGGAUUGCUUUAAAACCGAAUCAGGUACGAGGAACAAUAUUUAAUGAUUUGGACGAUGAUAAAAUUUUCAAAGUUAUAGAUUUUGGUGAUUUCGAAGAAAGAUUUAAAAUCGGCCUUAAUUGUCCGAUACCCAGCGGAAACUCUGAAAUUGAUGGAUUGAGUAGCUUUCCGAGCAAACGUUUCAAAAAACCGGAAAACAUCACGUUAUUGGAACACACUCGAUUGAGAAAUAUCGCCAUAUCGAGGAGAAAAUUAGAAAUGCCCGUGGAUCAAGUUAUCGCCGCUAUAAAUUCUCUCGAUUUGAGAUUGCUGUCGUUGGAAAAUGUCGAAAUACUGCAACGGAUGAUACCCACCGAGCAAGAAACGAAAGCAUACAAAGAAUUCACGGCGGAAAAAAAGAAUCCUAAUUUAUUAACGGAAGAAGAUAAAUAUUUAAUGCAAUUGAGCCGAGUGGAAAGAUUGUCAUCAAAAUUAAGCAUUAUGAGUUAUAUGGGAAAUUUUUUCGACAAUGUUCAUUUAAUAACACCCCAAAUCCAAGCCAUCAUUUCGGCAUCGAGUUCGGUAAAAAAUUCGAAAAAAUUAAAAAAUAUAUUGGAAAUCGUGUUGGCGUUUGGUAAUUAUUUAAACAGUGCCAAAAGGGGGCCAGCUUACGGUUUUAAAUUACAAGGACUCGACACAUUGCUGGACACGAAAUCGACAGACAAAAGAAUAUGUCUUUUACAUUACAUCGUCGAAACGAUUAGAAAUAAAUUUUCCGAAUUGUUAAAUUUUGAAUCUGAGCUGUUGUACAUUGAAAAAGCAGCCACUGUUUCGUUAGAAAAUAUAGUGACGGAUGUUCACGAGCUUGAAAAAGGAAUGGAACUCGUGAAAAAAGAACAAGAACUUCGGGGAAAAGAAAGACAAAUUGUCGUCAUUAAAGAUUUUCUCGGGAAUUCUGAAGAAAAAUUAAAAAAACUCAAAGCGGAUACUAAAAUUGCUCAGGAAACGUUUAAAGAUUGCGUUGAAUUUUUCGGAGAAACUUCUCGAACGACGGAUGCCAAUUCAUUUUUCUCUUUGUUGGUCAGAUUCACCAGAUCUUUUAAGUUGGCUGACCAGGAAAAUGAACAAAGGAAACGAUUGGAAAUGGCGUCAAAUGUUCCGGAAGCUUCCAAAAUACAAAAUGCCGAUAUUGUAAAGAAAAAUAAAUUAAAUCAGAAAAAACAGCAGGACGCUGUAAUCAACGAAUUAAAAUCAAAAGCAAAAAUGGUCGAAGAAAAAAAGCUUCUUCAUCAGGAUGAAGUUUAUAAUGGAGCAUUGGAAGACAUUUUAUUAGGAUUAAGGAGCGAACCCUACAGGAGAGCGGAUGCCGUGAGAAGGAGUCAUCGUCGUAAAAUCGAUAAUAAUCGAUUAUCGAGAACGAUGGACGAAAUCGAAUGCUGA